UAUAUGCUCCUUUUCUAUCGGAGUGUUAUGAGGAAACAACAUGAUCAUUUUUUCCAUUGUUGUCAACCAUGGCUAAUUCCUUGUCUUGUUUUCAUAUUUCCCUGUUAAUCUCUUUGCCACUCCUGUUGCCUCUGCUCCCCUCCUCUGGGGGGUCCUUCGUUUAAUGCUAUCAUCUGAGGGACCCUUCGUCCCUUUGUUUUAGUUUCUUCAUCAUCUUUGUUUCUUUCUGUCAUUGUUUGUUACAUAUGACAGCAACGUUAAUUGUUCAGAAUUUUUGUUAAAUAUAUAUAACCUUUCGUUGAAGGUUUGUUUAUUUAACUUAUUCUGGAUUCGGAAAGCAUGAAUUGCUUCCCGUGUUGUGGCCCUCAGAAAAAUAAACAAAGUAAUAGUAAGAGGGAGCAUGGUACUACAACAACGCAGGAAGUUACUUCUGCAUCAAAAGCACCCGAUAUGAAGAAACAAAGGGGGGAUGAGCAAAUGCAAGGAGACGCGACGAAUAUUAACGCGCAAAAUUUCACUUUUCGUGAGCUAGCGACAGCGACAAAGAAUUUCCGCCAGGAAUGUCUUCUUGGUGAAGGAGGCUUUGGAAGAGUCUAUAAAGGGGUUAUUCCUGCAACUGGACAGGCCGUGGCUGUUAAGCAACUCGACAGACAUGGGACAGAAAACAGCAAGGAUUUUCUGUCUGAAGUUGCUCUGCUGAGUCAUGUUCAUCAUGAAAAUCUUGUCAGUCUCAUUGGUUAUUGCGCUGAUGGCGAACAACGUCUUCUGGUAUACGAAUACUAUCCUGCCUAUACUCUUGAAGAUCGUCUUCUUGGGAAUAGACCGGAUGAGCCGCCAUUGAAUUGGUUUGAAAGAAUGAGAGUAGCGGCAGGUGCAUCUAAAGGACUAGAAUACUUGCAUGAUAAUGCCAAUCCACCGGUUAUAUUCCGCGACUUGAAAACAUUCAACAUCUUGUUGGGUACUGAAAAUGAUCUUAAUGCGAAACUAUAUGAUUUUGGAUUGGCCAAGCUUUGUGGUGGAGACAAGAUGAACAAUGCACCUCCAAGAGUUAUGGGAACAUAUGGUUAUUGUGCUCCUGAAUAUACAAGAACAGGUCAAGUUUCCUUGAAAUCAGAUGUAUACAGUUUUGGAGUUGUCUUGCUUGAACUUAUCACUGGUCGACGCGCCGUUGAUACCACAAAGCCUAACGAAGAGCAAAAUCUAGUUUCAUGGGCACAACCCUUAUUUAGGGACCCGAAAAAGUAUCCAGAUAUGGCGGAUCCACUUCUCAAUAAGCAUUUUCCAGAAAAGGAUCUUAAUCAAGCGGUUGCAAUAGCAGCAAUGUGCUUGCAGGAGGAACCAGAAGCCCGUCCUUUGAUCGGUGACGUUGUAACCGCUUUGAGUUUUCUAUCGACGGCUCCAACGGAACCUAUUCCACCACCUUCACUCCCCACUGCCACCUCUAGGCAUAGCACUGCUACUGAAAGCGAAUAUGACAGUGAGAGUGAAUCAGAAGGAGAAACUUCAGAUGAUGAAGACACUGACUAUGAGGAAGACAAUGAAACUGCUCAAAAUCAUGUCGCAGCCGGUGAAAAAUCUCAGAAAAGGGCGACUUCGAAGAAAUCAAGCCGAAAAAGCAGCACAAAAUCAAGGAACGAAACUACUAGUAAAGAUUCAGCAGAGGGAAGUGCUUCUUCCAGUGGCAAAACCAGUAGAAAAUGGCAAAGCUUUGUUGGUAAUUUAAGCCAAAAGUCAAACAGCAGCUCAAAAAAAUCUUCUAUCAAAGAAAUAAGCCAGAAGAGCAGCAAAAAAACUUCAAUCAAAGAACUAUGCCAAAAAAGCAGUAGAAAAUCUUCCAACAAAGAUUUAAGCCAUAAGAGUAGCAGAAAAUCAUCUGCUAAAGUUUCGAGUCGCAUGGAAUCGGAAGAUGGAAGCAUGAAUUCGUUUCAUAGAAGUGCCUCAAGCCAAUAUACAAGCAGCAGUAUGUCUAGCAGCAGCAGAGGAAGUGGCAGUGUUCGCUCGGAUGUUAACGGUAGCAGAAGGACAGAAGAGAGCAUGCGUUUAGCCAUGGAAUCUGGCGAUGAGGGAACCAAUCCUCCUUUCGAUCGUAUGAGUAGCAGUGAUUCAGAAAGGCGAUGAGGAGAGUAUAACGUGUUUUACAUUUGUGAUCAAGCAUUGGUUGCUACUUGCAAUGCUGAAGAACAGACAAGCACAUACUUUGACAUGGUGCUUUGCAUUUUGCUGCUGGAUCAUGCCACAGAAGUGUUGCCAUUUAACCAAUAUGCGGAAUUUCUUAUCGAAACUCAAACUUGAAAAUUCAAGAUUCCUUUAAAUCUAUUGUUUUGUUUAGUAGGCUUCAUUUGUAUCAUUAAUUUAUCCACCUUUGGUUCAAGGACUAGAGUGAAAAACAACUGUGAAUUUUCGUCGGGCAACUGUGGCCAAUAUUGGAAGAAUGAUGCUUCUUGUUUUGUAUUUCUUGUCUUGCUAACCUGCAUCUAAUGUAUUGAUCAUUUGAAAAUGUUACAUAUUUUUAAUAAAUUACUUAACAUUUUUCUCGUAUAA